GCGACCGCGGCGCCGCGCCACAGCCAGCCUCGCGACAGGAAACAAUGAAGGGAGACAGCAGACAUCUGAAUGAAGAAGAAGGUGCCAGCGGGUAUGAGGAUUGUAUCGUCAUUAAUGGUACAUGUAGUGAUCAGUCCUCAGACACGAAGGAUGCUCCCUCACCCCCAGUCUUGGAGGCAAUCUGCACAGAGCCAGUCUGCACACCAGAGACCAGAGGCCGCAGGUCAAGCUCACGGCUGUCUAAGAGGGAGGUCUCCAGCCUUCUGAAUUACACGCAGGACUUGACAGAAGAUGGAGAUGGUGAGGUGGAUGAUGGGGAUGGCUCUGAUAUUCUAAUGCCAAAGCUCACCCGUGAGACCAAGGACACCAGGACAUCCUUUGAAAGCCCAGCCAUCCGAACCAGAAAUAACAACGGUACCUCCAGCCUGGAGAGGCAAAGAGCCUCCCCCAGAAUCACUCGAGGCCGGCAGGGCCGCCACCAUGUGCAGGAGACCCCCGUGGAGUUCCCAGCCACCAGGUCUCGGAGACGACGAGCAUCGUCUGCAGCGAGUACACCCUGGUCAUCCCCUGCCAGCAUCGACCUCACGGAAGAUGUGACACCUAAGAGCAGCAGUACUCCAUCGGUUGACCUGAGCCAGGAUGGCCAUCAGGAGGACAUGGAUACCACACAGGUGGAUGCAGAGAGCAGAGAUGGAGACGGCACUGAGUACCAGGAUGAGAAGGAAUUUGGAAUAGGUGACCUCGUGUGGGGGAAGAUCAAGGGCUUCUCCUGGUGGCCUGCCAUGGUGGUGUCCUGGAAAGCCACUGCCAAGCGCCAGGCCAUGCCCGGAAUGCGCUGGGUACAGUGGUUUGGUGAUGGCAAGUUUUCUGAGAUCUCUGCUGACAAACUGGUGGCUCUGGGGCUGUUCAGCCAGCACUUUAAUCUGGCCACCUUCAAUAAGCUGGUUUCUUAUAGGAAGGCCAUGUACCACACUCUGGAGAAAGCCAGGGUGCGAGCUGGCAAGACCUUCCCCAGCAGCCCUGGAGACUCACUGGAGGACCAGCUAAAGCCCAUGCUGGAGUGGGCCCAUGGGGGCUUUAAGCCCACUGGGAUCGAGGGCCUCAAACCCAACAACAAGCAACCAGAGAACAAAAGUCGAAGACGCACAACCAAUGACUCUGCUGCUUCUGAGUACUGUACCCCACCCAAGCGCCUCAAGACAAACAGCUAUGGUGGGAAGGACCGAGGGGAGGAUGAGGAGAGCCGAGAACGGAUGGCUUCUGAUGUCACCAACAACAAGGGCAAUCUGGAAGACCGCUGUUUGUCCUGCGGUAAGAAGAACCCUGUGUCCUUCCACCCCCUCUUUGAGGGUGGGCUCUGUCAGAGCUGCCGGGAUCGCUUCCUGGAGCUCUUCUACAUGUACGACGAGGACGGCUAUCAGUCCUACUGCACCGUGUGCUGUGAGGGCCGUGAACUGCUUCUGUGUAGUAACACAAGCUGCUGCAGGUGCUUCUGUGUGGAGUGUCUGGAGGUGCUGGUGGGCACAGGCACGGCAGAGAAUGCCAAGCUGCAGGAACCCUGGAGCUGCUACAUGUGCCUGCCACAGCGGUGCCAUGGUGUCCUCCGGCGCAGGAAGGAUUGGAACGUGCGCCUGCAAGACUUCUUCACUACUGAUCCUGACCUGGAAGAAUUUGAGCCGCCCAAGUUGUACCCAGCAAUUCCUGCAGCCAAAAGGAGGCCCAUUAGAGUCCUGUCUCUGUUUGAUGGAAUUGCGACAGGGUACUUGGUGCUCAAGGAGCUGGGUAUUAAAGUGGAAAAGUACAUUGCCUCCGAAGUCUGUGCAGAGUCCAUCGCUGUGGGAACCAUUAAGCAUGAAGGCCAAAUCAAAUAUGUCAAUGACGUCCGGAAAAUCACCAAGAAAAAUAUUGAAGAGUGGGGCCCAUUUGACUUGGUGAUCGGGGGAAGCCCGUGCAAUGAUCUGUCUAAUGUCAAUCCUGCCCGCAAAGGCCUGUAUGAGGGCACAGGAAGGCUCUUCUUCGAGUUCUACCACUUGCUGAAUUAUACACGCCCCAAGGAGGGCGACAACCGUCCGUUCUUCUGGAUGUUCGAGAAUGUUGUGGCUAUGAAAGUGAACGACAAGAAAGACAUCUCCCGAUUCCUGGCAUGUAACCCAGUGAUGAUCGAUGCCAUCAAGGUUUCUGCUGCUCACAGGGCCCGGUACUUCUGGGGUAACCUACCUGGAAUGAACAGGCCCGUGAUAGCUUCAAAGAAUGAUAAGCUCGAGCUGCAGGACUGCCUGGAGUUCAGUAGGACAGCAAAGUUAAAGAAAGUGCAGACAAUAACCACCAAGUCGAACUCCAUCAGACAGGGGAAAAACCAGCUUUUCCCUGUAGUCAUGAAUGGCAAGGACGACGUUUUGUGGUGCACUGAGCUCGAAAGGAUCUUCGGCUUUCCAGCUCACUACACGGACGUGUCCAACAUGGGCCGUGGUGCCCGCCAGAAGCUGCUGGGAAGGUCCUGGAGUGUGCCAGUCAUCAGACACCUGUUUGCCCCCUUGAAGGACUACUUUGCAUGUGAAUAGUUCUACCCAGGACUGGGGUGCUCUUGGUCAGAGCCAGUGCCCAGAGUCACCCCUCCCUGAAGGCACCUCACCUGUCCCCUUCCUUAGCUCACCUGUGUGGGGCCUCAUAUCACUGUACCUCAGCUUUCUCCUGCUCAGUGGGAGCAGAGCCUUCUGGCCCUUGCAGGGGAGCCCCAGGUGCUCCCUCCAUGUGCACAGCUCAGACUUGGCUGCUUAGAGUAGCCUGGCAUGGUGCUCAUGUUUUCUUACCCUGAAACCUUAAAACUUGAAGUAGUUAGUAACAUGCCUUUCCUUUUCCCUCCUGAGUUUAUCACUCAGCCAUGAUGGCUAAGAUACCAAAACAACAGUUCUCUAUGUGCUCAGGUUCAUGCUGCAAAAUCGCUUGAGAUUUUGUUUUUAAGUAACCCGUGCUCCACAUUUGCCAGAGGAUGCUAUUGUGAAUGUGGGCUCAGAUGGACAAGGUCAAGGGCCCAAUUUUUUUUUUCCCCCUCCUAUGUGUAGUUGGAGAUGUUUAUUAUGGCUUAAGGCUUCCUGACACCUCCCCCUUGCCUUGGUACAAGGGCUGGAGUCCUCUUGGUCUUGUAGCAAUUCCCAGUGUGAUGAUGUCAGCAGGGAUGACAUCAUCACAUUUAGUGCUUUUUCCCUGGGCAGGGGCCCAUGUAUGUAGCUAGUCCUCUAGAAGACUGGAGUAGACUGUUUUGAGCUCAGGAACGGUGGCUGGAGUGGCCCUCCUCCAGGUGUGAGGGACAGGAAGGAGGGAGCUUAGGGAAACCAUUCCCCACUCCCUCUUGCCAAAUGAUGGGCCCUGGCCCCAACUGCUCAGGUCAUCAGAUAAAUAUGACCCCCUAAUUCCUUCUCCUGAGAAGCCAGGACCAGAAGCACAUUUUUCCCCCCUAAUCUAAGUGAUUUGUGGGGAAACUAUGAUGAACAACUUCUGGAGAUUUUUAAAAAGCUUUUUACCCCAUGAUAGAUACAUUGUAUUUUUAAGGGGUGUUCUUUUUCAGGGGCAUCACUGGAGAGGAGAAAAGCUGCAUUUCAGAAAUGCCAUCGGAAUGGUUUUUAAACACCUUUUACUCUAACUACAGGUGCUAUUUUAUAGAAAGCGGAGAACACUCGGGGCCUUUUUUUAUAUACUUUUUAUGACUCUCAGACUUCUAUUUUCACAUUACCAUUUUUUGUAACUGGAGCAGUGUCACAGGUGUGGGGAAACUGCCUUGUUUCAACAAUUUGUCUCCACCGCUUUCUAACUUAGGUGCAACGAUGACAGAUGCCCAGAGUUUACUUUUCUGGUUGAUUAAAAUUGUAUUUCUCUAUAA